GGCGACAAGGGGAAAACAGGUAUGAGCAGGAGAGAGGGGUACGUGCACGGUUUGCAUGUGUAUCCUCCUACGGCAAGCAAUAGAGCGCGUUUCAGCAUGAGAACAGGACUGCGUCGCACCCUUGGAGACGUCAGUCUGUUGCCUUUAUGCCUAUCUGUCAGACUGUGGUUCGGUCCUGCUUUUAAGCCAUGAAAGUGACUCAUGGCAUCAUUAGAAGAAAGGCAUCUAUGCUGUGCCUGAGCUAGGCAGCUUUCCUUGUUGCCAUGGAAAACUGCCUUUUGGAUUUCUGCUGCCUGCCUACCUUUUCCAGCACACCCAGCAUCAGUUGUUGUCCAUCUCUAUGAAUGCUGACAGUACAUUUGCACUGAAGGUGCUGAAGACACCCAACAGCAAAGCAUAAGACUUAAGUGCCCUGCAGAUGCCAAGAUGGAAUGGUCAUUAGAUAGUUUAAGAGACCUGGUAGCAGGUGGCAUACAUGCAGUCCGGGACUGUGAAGCCAGUGCUCUAGCUACUGUGGCCUGUUUGAUGCUGCUUUUUAUCUGGUACUGCUAUCGUGUAGGUCAAGAGCAACCAACAGCUUCUCCCCGAAGCUAUAGGGCAGUUGUGGGGGCCUCCAUGGCAUCAAUUCUUCAGAGGCCACAUAAUAAUGUGGAGGGCUCCCAGAAUGGUUAUGCGUACUGCCAGUCCCUGGAAUGUUUUCGAUGCACAUCACACGGUGAAGGACUUAACCAGAGAUUAUACCUCAACCUUCAGGAUUACGCCAAACGAUACACUUGGUCUGGCAUGGGCCGGGUAUACAAAGGAGUGAGGGAGCAGGGUCGCUAUCUUGCAAACCGUCCAUCCAUCCAGAAGCCAGAAGUAUUCUUUCUGCCGGAUCUGCCCACUGCUCCCUACUUCUCACGAGAGGCUCAGAAACAUGACGUUGAGCUGCUGGAACGAAGUUUUGCCACACUGCUUGCAGAAUUUGAGGCAAUCUAUCAAGCCUUCUCCAACUGCAGCCUACCACCACAGGGUUGGAAAGCCAACAACACGCCACAUGGUGAUUGGUACACAUUCUAUCUGGUGAAUCAGGGUGUUUCUGUUCCCAUGAACUGCCGACGUUGCCCAAGAACAUACCGUAUCCUUGGUUCUCUGCGCACUUUCAUUGGGAACAAUGUAUUUGGAAAUGCCUGUUUCUCUGUGCUGACCCCUGGAACACUCAUUACUGAACACUAUGGGCCUACCAAUGUACGCAUCCGCUGUCACUUGGGCCUCAGGAUCCCUGCUGGCUGUGAGCUAGUAGUUGGGGGUGAACCACAGUGCUGGGCAGAAGGCAGCUGCCUACUUUUCGAUGAUUCUUUUCUGCACACAGCUUUUCAUGAAGGAAGUGCAGAGGACGGCCCUCGAGUGGUCUUCAUGGUGGACCUGUGGCAUCCAAAUGUUGCAGCAGCUGAGAGACAGGCCUUGGACUACAUUUUUAGCCCUGGGCGGUGAUUUCCGGAAGCUGGAUGGUGCUAGUUGGCUGGGGUAGCUUUUCUUCGUCUAUGAAAGCUUAAGACUUCCAUAUUUUUGGCUGUAAAGAAGCGCUUAUGUCGCUCUUUCUGGCUCUGUUACUAUCCUGAAGGGAGACUGACUCUCUUAGGGUCUUGUAGUUGUGUAUUGUGACCACUGGACAGCAGAGUGAGAGUUUGUGAAUUGUAUAUCAUUGACUCCAGAAACCUUGAGCUAUGGCCCAGGUUACUCAAUUUGGUAUGGAUGCUCUCCUCCAUGAAUCGUUGUGGUGGUCUCCUGCUUUCUGCACAUGGCAACUGGCAUCCUUCGCUUUAUACCAAGCUCAGAUCUGGCACAGCACAAUCCUUUCUAUAGCACACUUGUGUUUUGUAUUGUUUAUGUACAGCUGGCCUGUCUGGCCUUACUUCAGGGGUUAAGUGAAGCACAGGAUUGAUGGGCUUAUUUGAAUGAAGGCCCUUUUUUGAAUUUUCUCUUCAGCACACAAAAACAAAUCUGAAUAAGUUUACUCUGCAGGCAUUGGCCAGGCUGUUGUGGAAAAGUUGGUGCAAUCAUUUGGAAAAGUAGACAUUAAAAUGUGUAGAUUAGCAUAUAGAAUCGGCAGCAGAUUGGGCACUUAAGGCAUGUUCAGUUCUUGGGUGUAAUAAAUUACGACUGGACCAAACCAGGUUCAUCUCUCAGUAAAGGGAACUAGCAGCUUGUGCUGCAAUUUUCUUUUUCAGUUACACAGUUGCUUAAAAUGUUUACAGAAAUUUCAGCGACGCUUUGUGCACUCCACUUGAACAGAAAACAGCUGUGAUAAUUUUUUUGGCAGAUGCAUUAUUUGUUUCUGCUGAAAGUCUUUCAGCUUUAGAUUUAUCGUAAAAGAGAUUCAGGCUGAAUGCAUACUGCAAGUGACACCUACACACAGUCUUAUCAUUUCUGCAAUGUGACAUCUUAGCUGAUUAAAGUGACAUUGUGUUUGGAAUCAUUAUGUUACAGUAUUGAUCAGAUCCCAUGAUAAUGUGUCUCUUUUAUGUGGAAAACUGUUAUAAGUUUCAGACACGAAACCUAGGGUUUGAUGUGUUAAAAGAGUUUGUGUUUAGGCACAAUGUCAGCAUUUUAAGUGAGGAUAUUUAGAGACAUUUUUAGAGGGUUUGUCAGACCAUUUUUGCAUUUUAAGCUAUUCCAGGUUAUGUGCUUUAAUACAUAUGAUGAGCAAUGAUUGCAAAGUAACUUUAUUCCAAAUCCGUAUUUUAAAUGCAGUGUUACUAUGCUGUACAACUGAGUGAUGGAGCUACAAGUUUUGCGCUGGAGCUUCUGGGAGGACUAAACUAAAUUCUGUGGAGUUUUACAGUGGUUGUCUUUUUGCUUUUUAAAGUGUCUUGAUUCCCUUACACAUUAGUAUGUCCUUUGACUUUUAUCCAUUACCCAUCAGUAGUCUUUCAACAUGUACUCAUGGGCAGAGUAUCAUUUUAACCAACCAUUUUUUGGCUGUUAGUUUUUAACAUUGCUGCCAACCUGCAUCUACUGUAUUGCUUAAAUCUUGGAGAUACCCAUAAUUUUCCCACAUUUUUCAUUAUUUAUAAAGAUCUCACAUAGUGAGUCAUACUUAUUUUUUGCUGUGGGGGUUGCCUACAUUAUACACCUGCAGUUGCAAGCCGAUGUAGUACUGCUUUACUUAACAGCUUUGUGUUGCUGGCUGAAGACAAUCAAACAAAGAUGUAUUUAGUUUUCCUUUUUAACUCCUUUCUCUUCAAGAGCUUAUUAGAUCCUGUCUAUCUAAUAACAACUAGUUUGCUUUAUGAAAGGCACCAAUGCUAGUAAUGCCCAGGGAAGAUUUAUAAUUUCAAAUGUACUGUAAAAACAUUUACAGUUAUUAAGUAAGCAUACUGUUCUUAACACAUUUGGCCAUAAAAAUAUGAAUACUUUAUAACGAUGAAAUACCACAUUUGAUAGCAACACUAUUUUUAAAUAACAUUUCUUUAGUAAUGCUGCAUUCAUGUGCUUUAAGAAACAUUAAUAUGAAUUUUGAACAGUGAGAAUUAUUUAAUUUCUAUUCUAAGUAGAAAAUUAAUUUUGGUAGCUAAAGUUGGUCAUUUAAAAUAUUUUAGCUUUUGAUGUCGGGACCAGCUCCACCUCUAACAAUGUCAUAGCAUAUUGAUCACAAAUAUGUUAUUAUCCUGCUGUUUUCUGUGAAUAUUACCACUGAAAUUGAAAAUAUGUAAAGUGAAAAGUCUAAUCCGAUUCUAAAUAUGAAUGCAUAUGAAAGCAUGCUGCUUCUUCUUUUGAGAUGCUGAAUAGUAAUCAAAGCCUUUUAAUAUCUACUUGAAUGCAGCAAAUUCUGUAAAUAAAAUACAAUCAUUUUGACUUGAGAUGCUAUAAACUGUUCAAAUGCGAUUUGAAUCAUGUAAAAAAGCAUUUUGGAUACCUCCCAUAACACAUUUUAUACCAGUUUUAUUUAUUGUCAUACUUGCUACAUCUAAUUUGUCAUUAUUUAACCCAUGAGGGCAUUUUGCCUGUCUUGCUAUUCCAAUCAUUUCUUUAAGCACAAAACAUCUUUCAAAGCUCAAUCUCUCCUAUAGGAUACCUAGUCUGAAUACUUUCAUCCUAUACAAAUGUAGCAGGUCAAAAAAUGCAGCACUGUCAUGAUAUCAUUCUACACAAGCAUGUUGUUGUAUCUAAUAAUCUUUGCAUAGGAAAAGGACACCUUUUAUUUAAGUAUGUGUGCACAUGCCCAUUUUGGAUCAUAAUUCUCUAAUACCGUAUAGAACUAUGAAAAACAUUCAAUGAGAAAUAUGUUUGUUUUUGUUCAUUGGGAAUUGAUGUUGGAGUGAAGGGGAAAAACAAAAUGCUGUUGCAUUAAUAGGCUUAUCUGUUUUUGGAAAAAAAUGCUUUCUUGCAGCUACUUACCUUCCAGAAGCUCCAGCUGAUGCUUGACACCAGAACACAAAUGUCAUUUCAGUCCAUACGUGGCUUGUUGUUAUUGUAUUACUAGUUGAAAAGGUUAAGAUUUUUAUACCUGACAAAGUUUUUGCAAGCGGUCAGACAUGAAAUGUCACAAGACAGUCUUGCUGCUUCUCUGCUAGUCUGUCCAGUGAAUGUUGUGUCUUUUCUGUGUCUUUAUGGCAAGAAACUGGCUUACUUUUUCUGGGGGUAUGUUGAUAUUCAAGAUGUCCUCAUGGUAGCAUUCUGUUUUCCCCAUGUUUUGUCACGUAUUAAAUAAAGCAGUAGUGUCUCACCAAAAGACUCUGGCCAUAACUUUUGUAUAAUUUUAGUAAAAGGUGUCCUUCAAAGACAGUUUCAUAUCUCAGAAGCUACAGUAGUUGUUUCAAUUACUAUACUUUGACAGUAUAUAGCAAUGGAACAUCUUUUCUUUUAUAGUUAUUCUUUUGUGGAGAAAGAGAGAGAGGUUUGAGGUAAAAUGGACAAAUGGGUAUAUGUUCAAUACUUUUCAACCAAAGCUUGUUAGAUCUGCUAUAGAGAAAUCAGCUAUUAACAUAUAGGGCAGCCAUUGGACAUACAAUGUUUCAUCUGUUUACUUAUUAUUUUCCUGCUUUGCAGCAGGCAGCCCCCUUACCAGACUGGCAUAACAGCUCAUGAGAUAGAUACUGAACAUCCAUGAACGGGAUCUAAGGGAUCCUUUCAUCUACAGACACAACCUUUAUGGGUUAUCUUCCCUUCAGAUGCCCCAGGGAGAACCAGCAGGUACGUUCUGAGUUAUGUUUAUUGGAUUUUAAAAGCAGCAGCCUCUUAGACAUGAAAAGGAAAGCUCUGCCUUGACAGCCAACAAUCUCCUGCUUUAGAGUUACCACACUACAGUAUACCCAUCUUCCAACAUUAUAAAGAGAACUGCAUUGCUAGUUAGCAUGAUACAGCUGUAAGGCGUUCAAGUUGAACCACUAUUCUGAGUAGGUGAUUUGAAGUAGCCUUUUUAGGCACCCAUUGAGAGCUGCUGUAUGUUGUCUGGUUUCUUUACUAUUUUCUGAAAACACUGUGUGGCUCACAGAGAAAAGUAUUAAAUGGAGUAAGACCCUUCCCUACAAUUUACAAUACAGUACCUAGAAUAAAAUUAUGAUAGAGAUCAGCUUUCCUAAGCUAGCUGAAAUCCUUUAGUGAUGAAACACACAGUUCCUAUUGCUGCCUUGAAGUGUGCUGAAAAUAGUCAAAUGCCAUUUUUGUUGUGUACUGCAGUUUGUCCAGUCAUUGAUACAGCAUAUUAUGCUACUUGUCCAUUUUUCAUUUUAAAAUGAACAGGUCAUCGUGUGGAAUGAAAGACUGGGUAUCUUGUCUUACUCCAACCCUCCACUAAUACUGUGCUUGUGUAUGUUUUCUUUGCAUUUUCAUUAAAUUGCUUUUCAUUUAA